AUGUCAGGAAACAACCAAAGAAUUUUCCAGACUGGAAAAUCCUGGAGGAUCAUCUUUAUUAUAGAAGAUCCGAUCCCCUUAAGGAGAUCCUGGGUGACGAGGAUGAAGUGGGCCAAAAGGGUACAGCGUCUUGAUGAGCUCAGGCAUAAAAUUGAAUCUGUUAUGAGAAAGGAAAACGAGCGACAAGAAAAAUACCACGGGACUGAUUUAAAAAUCCCGGAGGUCUCUGUCGGGGACAAGGUUUAUUAUCCUAAUCGAAAGCUGAGUAACAAAGCGGCUGGAUACAUCGCGGGGUUAAAUAUUUAG